AAAGACGUGGCCAUGGAGGAGGCCAGACCCCAAGGCCCAGAUUCCUUCUCACUCAGCUUCAAGAACCCGGAUGCCGUGUCCCUGCAGAGUCUGGAGGAAGGUCGGGGCCCUACCGAGCGAGGGCACAGCUGGACUGCUGACCCCCUGGAGCACACUUCAGGAUGGAGGAGACUGCAGCCAGCCCAGAGGCUCCGACGCUUCUGCAGGGAGCACGCGCAGCUCUGGAGAUGGAUCUGCAAGGGCCUGGUCUGCACUGCCUUCGCGGGCUUUCUGCUGGUCGCCUGCCUCCUGAAUUUCCAGCGGGCCCUGGCGCUCUUCGUCCUCACCUGUGUGGUCCUGUUCUUCCUGGCCCAAAGCCUGCUCCAGCCGCUGCUGGCUCCAAAGCUGCAGAGGCUCCUGCAGCCCCUGGCAAAGCCCUGCCUGACCCUCUGGUUGAAGAGAAUCCUGGCCCUUGCCGCUUUCCUGGGCCUGGUCCUAUGGCUGGCACUGGACACCGCGCAGCGCCCCCAGCAGCUGGUGUCCUUCGGGGGGCUCUGCGCCUUCGUGGGCUUCCUGUUCGCCUGCUCCAAGCAGCACCGGGCAGUGUCCUGGCGGGCCCUGUUCUGGGGCCUUGGCCUGCAGUUCGCACUUGGGCUUUUUGUCAUCAGAACAGAACCAGGAUUUGUCGCCUUCCGGUGGCUGGGUGACCAGAUCCAGGUUUUCCUGAGCUACACCGAGGCGGGCUCCAGCUUCGUGUUCGGGGAAGCUCUGGUCAAGAACGUCUUUGCCUUUCAGGUGCUGCCCAUCAUAGUCUUCUUCAGCUGCGUCAUGUCGAUGCUUUACUACGUGGGCCUCAUGCAGUGGGUCAUCCUGAAGAUCGCCUGGGUGAUGCAGGUGACCAUGGGCACCACGGCCACGGAGACCCUGAGCGUGGCCGGGAACAUCUUUGUGAGCCAGACGGAGGCGCCCCUGCUGAUCCGGCCUUACUUGGCGGACAUGACUCUCUCUGAGCUGCACGUGGUCAUGACCGGCGGCUACUCCACCAUCGCGGGCAGCCUGCUGGGCGCCUACAUCUCCUUUGGGAUCGAUUCCACAUCUUUGAUCGCGGCCUCUGUCAUGGCGGCGCCCUGUGCCCUGGCCCUGUCCAAGCUGGUCUACCCCGAGGUAGAGGAAUCCAAGUUCAGAAGCCAGGAGGGCGUGAAGCUGAGCUACGGGGAUGCUCAGAACCUUCUGGAAGCUGCCAGCAGUGGGGCCGCCAUCUCCGUGAAGGUGGUGGCUAACAUUGCAGCCAAUCUGAUUGCCUUCCUGGCCGUGCUGGCCUUCAUCAACGCCGCCCUGGCCUGGCUGGGAGGCAUGGUGGAUGUGGAGGGCCUCAGUUUCCAGCUCCUCUGCUCUUACAUCCUGCGGCCUGUGGCCUUCCUGCUGGGCGUGGCCUGGGAGGACUGCCCGGUGGUGGCCGAGCUCCUGGGCAUGAAGCUGUUUCUGAACGAGUUUGUGGCCUAUCAGACACUCUCUGAGUACAAGGAUCGCCGCCUGGCGGGGAUGGAGGAGUGGAUCGACGGCAAGAAGCAGUGGAUCUCGGUGAGAGCGGAGAUACUCACCACCUUUGCACUCUGUGGAUUCGCCAACUUCAGCUCCAUUGGGAUCAUGCUGGGAGGCCUGACAUCCAUGGCGCCCCACCGGAAGAGCGACUUCUCCGGGAUCGUGUUGCGGGCGCUCCUCACAGGGGCCUGCGUGUCCCUGGUUAAUGCUUGUGUGGCAGGCAUCCUCUACGUGCCCAGGGGCCCUGUGGUGGACUGUGCGACCCUGUUGAACAGCACCGUGAGCAGUGCCAGCUACGAGCUCUACCUGUGCUGCCAGGAGCAGUUCCAGGGCACCGGCCCGGCCCUGGGCCCCGCCGCCCUGUCCAGCUGCUGUAACUUCUACAACCACACGCUGUGCGGGUAACGGCCUCCUGUACAGGACCGUCUGUCACAGGUCCUGAGGGGGUGCUGGAUGAGCAGCAGGGGGUGAGGAUGCCUCAUGAGCCCCCCCAGUUCAGCUCUCCCAGUGGGGAAUCUCCAGGUCCCCUAACCUCCUCUUUCCCCUCAUACCUGGUGGCCCCAGGACCCUU